GUCAUAAUUAUAUUCUGUGCAGUCUGUGGUUUUUAAAAAAAAAGCGGUGGAGGAGGGGAAGACUCCUUGAAAUUAAGAGGCAUCCCCCUAGCAAAAAGAAGGAGUCUUGUCUAGGGCGACUCGUGUCUAUUCCUUGGAGGUCUCGUUUGAAAAGCGCCUUUGUCAAUCGCAGCCUUGGUUCCCUCGCGUGGUGGUGCGUGAGGCGCUGGGGGUGGGAGGCAGGCAGCCCACUUCAAAGGGGAGGGGCGCUGCAGAAAUCCGAGCCGCCAGAGGCUUGCCGCUGGGAAGAAAGGCUUGUGGACGAGGGGUCAAACGCUAAGCCUUCCCUUUGGCUGUCUGCACAGCCAGUCGUGGGUGGGGAAGGAGGAGGAGGAAGGAGCCAGGUCGCCGGUCCGCAGAUCUGGGAAGGAAGGGAGCGAUUGCAGCAGCGUUGCCGCACGCCCGAUGGCUCAGGCUGCAGAGUGAGAGAAGCGGCGCCCCGUCCCCUCCCGCUUGAUCUCGCCUCGUGUCGCUGAAGGACAGAGCUGAGGGUGCCGCAGACCAGCCAUGGCGGGCACCGAAGGCGUCACGGCAGAUGCAGUUUCUACAACAACAUAUGCAUCUCCAGCUAGAAGCUUGGGAGACCCAGGAAUAACACCACUUUCCCCAUCACAUAUUGCGAAGGAUUCUGAUGCAAAUGAAGCAGAGGAGCAGACAUUUCUUGUUGUUGUAGCUAUUGAUUUUGGCACAACAUCCAGUGGCUACGCCUACAGCUUCUCUAAGGAGCCAGAAUGCAUUCAUGUAAUGAGGCGAUGGGAAGGAGGAGACCCUGGUGUGUCCAAUCAGAAGACACCAACAACUAUUCUCCUAACUCCAGAAAGAAAGUUCCACAGUUUUGGUUAUGCGGCCAGAGAUUUCUAUCAUGACCUAGAUCCCAAUGAAUCAAAGCACUGGUUGUAUUUUGAAAAAUUUAAGAUGAAGCUCCACACAACUGGUAAUCUCACUCUGGAAACGGAGCUGACAGCUGCAAAUGGCAAGAAAGUCAAAGCACUUGAAAUAUUUGCUUAUGCUCUGCAGUACUUUAAAGAACAAGCUUUAAAGGAAUUGAGUGAUCAGGCAGGUUCAGAGUUUGAAAACUCAGAGGUACGAUGGGUCAUCACAGUGCCAGCUAUCUGGAAACAGCCUGCAAAGCAGUUUAUGAGGCAAGCUGCAUACAAGGCAGGGAUGGCAUCCCCUGAGAAUCCUGAACAACUGAUCAUUGCCCUGGAACCAGAGGCUGCAUCUAUCUACUGCAGGAAACUCCGCCUACAUCAGAUGAUAGACCUAAGCAGCAGAGGGCCUAUCAAUGGUUAUAACCCAAGUGAGACCAUUGGCACAGGCUUUACACCAGCUAAAGAACACAUACGGCGUAACCGGCAGAGCCGCACCUUUUUGGUUGAAAAUGUCAUAGGAGAGAUCUGGUCCGAGUUGGAGGAAGGUGACCGCUACAUAGUUGUUGACAGUGGAGGAGGGACUGUUGAUCUAACUGUCCACCAGAUCAGAUUACCUGAAGGACACCUGAAGGAACUCUAUAAGGCAACUGGUGGGCCAUAUGGCUCCUUAGGGGUGGACUAUGAAUUUGAAAGACUCCUGUGCAAAAUAUUUGGAGAAGAUUUUAUUGACCAGUUUAAAAUCAAGCGUCCUGCUGCCUGGGUUGACCUAAUGAUAGCAUUUGAAUCACGCAAGAGAGCAGCAGCUCCAGACCGGACAAAUCCACUCAACAUUACUCUGCCUUUCUCAUUCAUUGACUACUACAAGAAAUUUCGAGGACACAGUGUGGAACAUGCCUUAAGGAAAAGCAAUGUGGAUUUUGUGAAGUGGUCAUCACAAGGAAUGCUGAGGAUGAGUCCAGAUGCAAUGAAUGCCCUCUUCAAACCCACCAUUGACCAAAUCAUACAACAUCUCAGUGAUCUGUUUGAAAAGCCAGAAGUAACUAAUGUGAAAUUCCUGUUCCUGGUGGGUGGAUUUGCAGAAGCCCCACUGCUGCAGCAAGCCAUCCAAAAUUCUUUUGGCUCAAAAUGUCGAAUCAUCAUUCCUCAGGAUGUGGGGCUCACCAUUCUCAAAGGAGCAGUCUUGUUUGGCCUAGACCCUGCCGUCAUUAAAGUGCGCCGUUCCCCCCUGACCUAUGGGGUAGGGGUCCUGAAUCGUUAUGUGGAAGGGAAGCACCCUACCGAGAAGUUGCUAGUUAAAGAUGGCACCCGCUGGUGCACCGACGUCUUUGACAAAUUUAUCUCUGCUGACCAAUCGGUGGCUCUUGGAGAGACUGUGUCACGCAGUUAUACCCCUGCCAAGCCUUCACAGCUGGUCAUCGUGAUCAAUAUCUACAGCUCUGAACACGAUAACGUCAGUUUCAUUACUGAGCCAGGAGUGAAAAAGUGUGGCACGCUCCGUCUGGAUCUUACAGGAACAGAUAUGUUGGUGCCAAGCCGGAGGGAGAUAAAAACGCUCAUGCAGUUUGGGGACACUGAGAUUAAAGCCAUGGCAAUUGAUGUUGCCACCUCUAAAAGUGUCAAAGCUGGUAUUGAUUUCCUCAAUUACUAAAUUCUCCUUUCCUCCCCACUGCCUAUUAUUUCAGUGCUCUAGUCUCUCAUUUUUCAUCCGUCACCGAAUGGACUUGAAUUUUACCUAGACAGAUGGUAGACAUUAGAAGGGAAUAAGUCAGCCUUUUUUUUUUUUUUUUGUUCUUGACAUGAUCUGUUUGGGAGUUUGAACAUAUGGUUAUCAGGUGCUAAACAUUGAACUGAAUAGCCCAGAGUGGCUGAGUGCAUAAUGAAGAUUAGUCAUUAGAAUAUCACUGCCCUUUUGAUUGGGAAAACAAAUUGCUUUACAUGAAGUGUUCCUAUGUAUUUUUGGCCCCAAAUGUCAAAGGUGAUUUUCCUGGUCCUAUAUUUGAGGCCUCAAUGCAGCAAAUAGUAAGAGGUCUCAUGGAUAUCAAUGCUUUUGACAGCACAGCUUCCCAGAAUCACAGAAUCUUCCACUAGCACCCCGUGAAGGUGGCUUGCUUCUCCAAAGUGCCGAUUUGCUGUUGCCGCUAUUACCAUCACUGGAGGCUUGUAAAUGUUCAGCAGUUUUAAAAACUAGAUCUCUUGUUUAUAUUUUAAAUAUAAGCACUAGAACAUAAACACCUGACCUUUUAUUUUAAAACAGAACUGAACAGCACUUACAACCCAGGUUUAGAAAUUAGCUUUCGGUGUUAAAGUAUAUUUGCUCAAUGGCAAGAGGUAGGCAUACAGUGUUUUUGGUUUGGUAUCUUUUGCUUCUGUUCAAGGAAAGUAAAUAUCCAAGCCACAAAACACAUUUUCUUUUUCUCUUCAUCAAUAUGAUAAAGCAGGGCUUGACAAAUUCCAGGCACUGGGAAGCCAUGGCAUCUAAAAAUAUAACUGUAGCACCUAGUCUAGGAUAUUCAGAGAUAAGAACUUUUAAAUACAGCCUUUAUUUGCCCCAGGCAGUCUUGUUUCUGUUUUAAAUGAGUUACUUUUAAAGGGGGAAAGAAGCCAAUUUACUGUCAUCUCCACACAAUGGUUGUCACUAAGUCUGGUAAUUUUGCCAAGUGUCCAUUGCCUAGCUCCUAAAUGUUGAGGCUGGCUCCUAGAUCAAAAGAAAAAUUGUCAAAGCCUGAAGAAAGAAGUCUUGUAAAAGCUUUUUCUGCAAAUUAGGCAUUCUCAUAUCACAUUUUUUCUUUUGGAAAGCCUGCAGUAGCUUUUACAAACCUCCAGCUAGCCAGUUUAUUGGGAGAUCUCAUGCAAAACAAAUAAGUAGGAGUGUGCAAUUUGAUUCAUCCUCAUAUCAAUUUGUGUCGAAUUGAGGGCAAUUCACUGAUUCAACCUCAAAUCAAAUCACUCUCAAAAUAGAGGGCCCGAUUCAGGGUCAAAGAGAAUCACUCCUGAUUCUACCCAAAUCAAUUUGGUUGAUUCAAAUGCCAUUUUGCUGGGGGAAAGGGCCUUGGCACUUUUCCCCCAGGAAGAGCUGAUCUACCAGUUGGGGUCUACAGGUAGACCAGACUUCCACUCCAGACUUGGUGUCUGCCCGCCUCAAAGGACUGGUCUACCUGGUGGGCAGAUGCAUUAAGUCCAGAGUGGAGGGUGGGUCGACUCACUAAGUCCGGAGUGGAGGGGGUCUACAGGUAGACCAGCCAGGGAAAAAGCAUCAUUUUGAGGCCCAUUUUUCCAGCAAAAGGGGCCUCAAAAUGGUGCUUGAAUGAUUUAAGGUGUGAUUCAUUAAGAUAGCUGGCCAAGCCAGCUGCUUUCGACGAAUGAAUUUGAUGAUUCUGCAAUUUGAUUCGACCUCAAAUUGAAUCACAGAAUCCAGUUCUUGCACACCCCUACAGAUAAGGGGUAAGAUAGCAGUAGUUAACCAGAAAGCAUUUCUGUCCUCAUAUUGGAUAAUGCAAGGGGCCAUCUUCAUUACACCUCAUGUGACGUACCUGUUAAGUAUGGCACCUUACUACUGUGAAUGCAGUACAGUAUUAGAAAAGUGUUACCGUUUAUUGGACCACCUUAUUUCACCUGCUGGUGAAAUAACUAUAUAGAAUUAUAUAAGACUUAAAGUUAUUCAGAACUCUUUGUCAGAAAGAAAUGCAAAAGUUAUUAAUCCACCUCUAUAUGUGGAUUAUAGCCAGUUACCCGUCAUUAACUCACAUUCACAAUGUUUACAUCCCCUUCCAUGUAUGCAAUUGCAUAUUCAAUCUUGCACAGGCUGGGUGUUUUUUCUUAUGAAGUGUGCAGCUUCCAACUUUCCUCAUCUCCAGCUUCUUCUUGACUGUCACAAACCGUAUAUGGAGGAAGCUUAAUAUCCCUGCCUGCAAAAAUAGGCAGGAGAUGAACAUAAGGAAACAGGAAACAGCAGCAAAAAUUUCCAAAAAGUCAAACAGUGUUCUGUCUGGCCAGAAGAGGGAGCUGAAACACUACUUUGGCUUCCACAAGUUGAGAUGGGAGAUUCUUCCUCAUUUCAGGAAGGAGAGUGACACAUGCCAUGAGCACUGCCAGCUUGGAAACUAGAAAAGCUUUAUCUUCGAAGUGUGAAUUACAAACUGGAUCUCUUCCAAGUGUGAAUUACACAGCUGCAUGCAAGCAGCUCACACACAGAAGCUGCUUUAAAUUGAAGCACAAUGAGGUUGUCUGGCAACUCAACUGCUUUUUCCUGAGUGAGCCAACAUCUAGAAAAGCUCUAGAUGUUUUGCCACAUACUAUGGCAAAACCACCCAAUGUGAUUAGAGGUAUACAGUGAGAGCCUGAAAAUGGUGCAGUCUAAAAACACCACGCAAGAAUGCUUAUGCAGAGGCAUCACCCUAGAAACACAGGGUUGGAUCCGAACUAGGAGCGCCAUUCUCAAGGAAGCAAGUAAGGAUCCAACCCAGAUUUGAAACCAGAUCCACACACCAAGCAAAAAGCUCUAGCAAGUCUGCUAUUUUCUGCUUUAAAAGGCUGUCAUUUUUACCCCACUUUGAAAACACUUGGACACCCACUAAAAUCCAUUAUGCUUUCAAAACACUAGAAGGUUAAUUGUUUAGCUAAACCUUUCUUAUUAGCUAUGCAUGAGUAAAAAGCCAUAGAAUCCUUUUAUUUUUUAAAAAAUGCUUAGAUUCUUUAUCAGACACUUAAUAUUUUAGGGGCCAGGUCUGCAUUGUGCAAACACUAUUUUAAAUUCUCAGUGAAGAAUUAAAUGAGGAGUGCAUUCAUUAUAUUUAUAUUCAUUAUAUGGUUCCCUGAUAGAAUGUGAAUAAGCUUUGCUGAAUUAACUAUCAAAGGGAUGGACUGGAUAAUUCUAGUCACAGUAUCUGGCUUGCUGUUCCAUGAAUAAUUAUUCUUCUGGAUAAUUAGAAAGUGUGCAUGCUGGCAUUCUCUUUUAUGCUGCCCACUGUGUUUUAAAGGCAAAUAUUUAAUUUUUUAUAUGUGUGUGUGUUUGUGUUGCAUUCUAUGGUUUACAAAUAAGCAACUCCUUAGGGUGAGUUAUGAACAAAAUCAGUCGAUGUAUAUACAAUAUUUAAAUAUUGUACAGCCGCUUUCUUUCUAAAGUGCUAUUUUCUUGUACAGAAUGCUCUUUGCCCCUGUUGAUUUGCAUUCAGUGGUUAAUUUUAAAUAACAGAGUUUCUCAGUCUGCUCAAAUAAUUAUAGGGUUUUUAAGAUGGCGAGAUAUGAAAUGCACAAAGCUGAUCUUAUAAUAAGAGGAGAGGAAUGUCAGAGUGUCAGACAAUACCAGGUUCUUGCUACGCAAACAGCAUGCAGACAUACUGCUGGGUUUUCCAUUCUUUUUACUUCAACGGGUUCAAUUCCUUUUAAAGGAGUGCAUAGGAAUGACAAGCGAUAAAGUCUUCUGUGGGUAAAAAUCUCAUCUUCUGUUUCUGAAGACUAAGUGAUCAUUUAGAAUGUAGGAUAUUUAUUACAUCUAAUGAAGUCCAGUUCAAAAAGCAUGUGUUUCAUUUUAACAACGUCUUCUAUUGGCAGACUAGACUGCAUAUUAUUUGCAUCCUUUCAAGUCCAAUGCACAUCACCAACCAUAUACAGUAUGGCAGCCCACCAUAUUUAGUGGCGGGGCUGUAGCUCGAUGUUUUACAUGCAGAAGACCACAGGUUCAAUCCCUGGCAUCUCCAGGUAGGGCUGGGAAGGACUCCAGCCUGAAGUCUUGGGAGAGCUCCUGUGAGUCAGCGUAAACAUUACUGAGCUAGUUGGCCAAUGGUCUGACUCAGUACAAAGUGGCUUCAUAUGUUCACCGUGAACUCAAUAAACCCCUUGAAUCACCUGCUUGGGGUGACUGUACAGCAGGCUACAAUACGUGGCUGGUGGUUUUCAUUUGGGGGCUCUCAAGUUGUGUAGGCCUGUUGCUACACGAAACUGGUGACAACCUAUAAGAGUGGAUGUGGUUAACAAAAGUUGCUCAGUAUGGAAUCAUCUGGUGUUUGAUGGUUUAGUCCUAGGGUAGGCAAGAGAACAACUCCUUAAUUUGCCACCUUUUCUGACAGGUCAUAUAAUGCAAUCUGCUUCCAAAAUCCUGUAAAUAUGAUCGCUGUUAAGAGUGCCAUAUGACCAUCUUAGGUCCUCCUGACCCCUGAAACACUUGGACAAAGUAUUGUGUGACUUCUGACUUUUCUCAGCCUCCUGACUGUCUUAGAAUAAUAUUGUUCCACUUGUGACAUUAUCAUACAUUCAAUAGAGGGAGGCUGCUCUAGAAUUCAGGUUCCAAAUUAAUUCAUCCUUCAGAAGCCAGUAGUACAAGAAGAAGAAGAAGUCAUGAUUGCUCACUCCCACCAAGAGGCUGCUGACCAUGAAUAUGCAUCCAGGGGGUGUAGAUGACUUGGAUAUUGCUAAAGAGGAGGAGCAGUGCUACUGUGUUAGGAGUGAGCUGUCCGCCUUCAGAUUAGCCCAUGUCUGUGUUAAGAAGAUGUUUCAUAUUAUAGGAAUACCUAAGCAAUCGCCAAAGACUGUGAAAUUUCUAUUGCUGGAAGAUUUUCCUUUUCAAAAGGAAAUUGGAGAGAACUAUCUCUCUGGGUAGUAAGUAUCUCCUGAGAUACUUUCCAGCUCUUAGAUGUGUCCUCAUAAGCAAUUUCUGAUCCUUUAUAGCAGAUAGUAAAAUGCUGUGGGCUUGCUCACUUGCGUAUCUACUUGAAAUAAAUUAGCCUACUUUGGUUCUGUUCUCACCAUCACUGCUGAUUGGAAUCACCAGUCCACAAUUUAGGUCACAUAUUAAAGACCAUUCAUGGACUGGUCAGCACUUAGUAUGUUAAUGCUCCCUUUGUCCACAUAAUCAGACAAGUUUAAACUGGGAUAAAAUAGUGGACUUUUUUCCUUCCAGCAUAUGCUUAUGACGAGUAUCUCACUGGCUUGUGUUGAUCCAUUGCUUCUUUUUUUAAAGGUGGGGUAUUCCCCCAGUCCUUAAUAUUGAUUAGAAGCAUGAUCCCAUUUUCUAUAUGAAAGAAUGCUAUAAAUUACAAUAUAAAUCUCCCUAACUACUAUCUUUUCUGAACAAAGUAUGUAUUAACACGUUUGUGUUAAAUAUUAAUGAUUAUCUGCAUUAAUCACUCUUUCAAAAUAGCUAUCAUUCCAGGUCCAAAGCAGUGUAAUCCUACAGAACUGAGAAUCUGGUUUAGAUUCUCUAAGAAACUGCAAGUGUUUUCAAGAUUUCCAUCCUGUCUAAAACCAGAGGUAUUUAUCUUUUAACUUCUGCACAGAGAUCUAUUCCAUCCUGUUAAUAAAGUAGUUGAAUUAAUUUUGAUGAGCUCUGCAUCUUGCCUAGCAGUACAAUAGCUUCCAUGAAAGAACUCUUUUUGGAGUCAUGUCAGCGUCUGCUGUAAUAUUUUCACUAUGCCUGCAGCCAAUGAAGGGAGAGUGACUCGUGGAUGGCGGCAGCUCUUUAGAAAUCUAUAGUGCAGCUGGCAAACCAUUUCAGCCUGUGUUCUUGACCACUGAAUCCACACAAAAUAGGGAAAUUGCAAGUGUGUUGGCUGAAGUACUUUCUGGGCUAUAGCCACUGAGCAAUGGCUGAACAGGCUCACUGCCUAUGAUGGUCUCAUUACCAUUUACAUUUUUUAAAAAAAAUGCUGCUAUAGUGUUGUUGCUAUUGUGCAAUGCAUUUUUUUGGAAACACUUUGUUCACCCCAUCUUCCUUAGGUCGAAAGCUGGAUAUAAUUUUGCUGGGCAUGCUCUCUACCACUCAAAUCCCCCUGCAUCAGGAUAGCAAAUCUAGGUUAGGUUGUCUAAUGGAACUUUUUAGAAAUAGAACUAGAACGUGAUGCUGUGACUACAUGCUUUAGUAUGUAGCUCUAUGCUACAAGUUUAAAGUGUGGCAUAUGGAAGUUUGCUUAGAAGUAGAACUUACCCCAUCUGUUAAGUUGUAGAAGUAAUCCAAGUGUGAGAAGGAAACUAAAGUUUCCAUAGAGUAGGUGUUUAAAGUGUUUUCUGCUGCCAGUUCCUUGCAGAACUCUUGAUCAACAGGAAUGUAAGCAGGUUGUGUUCCAUGUACUAUUAAAAAGACACAAACAUGCACCCUGUCAGCAAAACGGUUUUCAGGGGAAGUGUCUAUCAGCAAAAUUGCAUAAGAUCUGGUACUAAGUAACUUAGUCUAGAUAAGGAAAUUAAGAACUACUUAUGACGAGUUUGAUAUAAGUAUAGUGUUAUUCUUAAAAUCACCUGGAUCAAUGUAUUAAAGCACUGUCCAGUGCUUCCAGAUAAACAAGCACCUGAAUAUAUUAUUCAAAGAUGGAAUUUUCAACCUGCAGUGAUGUCAUUGCUAUGGUGAACUGCAUACUUAUGCUAAAAAUAAACCACAAUGCAUUUGUACCGGUUGUUGGACAUAAUGUUACAGUACUCAUUUGCUUGGACAAUUCUUCAUAUAUAUUGUUUUUAAAAAAUACCGGUAAUUGUGAUCCCAUUCACCUUUCCUCUCUGUGCAAGACUGAAAACCUCACCGACUUCUGGAACAGAUCACAGCUUGUCACUAUUGCAUCUUCUGAAUACUGUGCUCUUCAAAUGUGUCAAAUAAAACACAGUAAACCAUGA